AUGGAAGGUAAAAUGCUUAUAUUGGUGUUGUUAUGUGUGUUCCCUACCUUAAAUGCUAAUAUAGCUGAAUUCGACCAAGUAUGGAUGGAGCGAUCUAUAGAAGCCAAAAAAGCAGCUCGCAAGGCUUUCAAGCCAAACCCUGAGGCAGUCACUGAUGAAUUCAAUCAACAUGUCAACAAGGACCUUGAAGGUUCCAAUAAAACGAGAAGGGGUUUAUCCGGCAAAUACAAAGGUCCAUGUAUGGCUACAAAUCCCAUUGACCGUUGCUGGAGAUGUGACCCCAAUUGGGAGAAAAACCGCCAACGGUUAGCAGACUGUGCUAUUGGUUUCGGCCAUGGCACGACGGGCGGCAAAGGUGGCAAAAUCUACGUUGUCAAUGAUCCCUCAGAUCAUGAUCUCCUCAACCCAAAACCUGGGACUCUGCGAUUCGCAGUGAUUCAGAAGGAGCCAUUGUGGAUCAUUUUUAAACAUGACAUGACCAUCAAGCUUAGUAGUGAGCUUAUAGUCACUAGUCACAAGACCAUAGAUGCACGUGGUGCCAAUGUUCACAUUGCCAAUGGUGCCCAAAUGACUCUACAGUUUGUGAAGAACAUAAUCGUUCAUGGACUGCAUAUUCACGGCAUCAGGAAACAUGCCGGCGGCAUGAUAAGAGACUCGGUCGACCACUUUGGAAUCCGCACUGAGAGCGAUGGGGAUGGGCUUUCAUUGUUUGGAGCUACUAACAUUUGGAUUGAUCAUGUUUCUUUGUCAAAUUGUGAUGAUGGUCUUAUUGAUGCCGUUGCUGGAUCAACAGCUAUUACCAUAUCCAACUGCCACAUGACUCGCCAUAAUGAUGUAAAUUACAUCAUCACUUUCUGUUACAUCCUUUUUCUGCAGAAAUAUUUUGUUAUAUUACUUGGUGCAAGUGAUGCCUACUCAGGAGAUCAAAUCAUGCAAGUAACAUUGGCAUUCAACCAUUUUGGGCAAGGAUUGGUGCAGAGGAUGCCAAGGUGCAGAUGGGGUUUCUUCCAUAUUGUCAACAAUGACUACACUCACUGGCUUAUGUAUGCCGUCGGUGGUAGCCAACAUCCCACCAUCGUCAGCCAGGGCAACCGAUUUAUCGCACCUCCAAACCCAGCUGCAAAAGAGGUUACCAAGAGGGAUUAUGCUCCUCAAAGUGUGUGGAAAAAUUGGAAUUGGAGAUCAGAGGGUGACUUAAUGCUGAAUGGAGCCUUCUUUGUUGAGUCUGGGACGAAGGUUACAAACUUUCCCAAAUCAGGAGGUAUUACUGCAAAGCCUGGGAGUUUCACAUCAAGUCUCACUCGCUUUGCAGGUCCUCUCAAAUGUGUAGUACACAAGCCAUGCUGA